GUCAGAGUCUCCUUACUUGUGGGUGGCCCUUGCAAUGUUGGUCCCGGCAUGGUCGUGGGCGAGGAGCUGGCCGAGACCAUCCGAUCUCACCUGGAUCUCCAGAAGGAGACACCGAAUGCCAAAUACACCAAGAAAGCCUUGAAGUUCUAUGCCUCGCUUGCCUCAAGGGCCGUCGCUUGUGGCUUCGCUGUGGAUAUUUUCGCUUGCUCUCUGGACCAGGUCGGCUUGUAUGAGAUGAAAGUCAUCCCAGACAAAACCGGCGGCUUCAUGGUAAUGAGCGAUUCCUUCAGUAUGCAUGUCUUCAAGGACUCCUUCCGAAAGGUCUUUGAUCCAGAUGAGACCGGAUAUCUCAAGUUGGGCUUUAAUGCGAAGAUCGAGGUUUUCACUUCCAGAGAGUUUAAAUGCUGCGGUGCAGUGGGCGGCUUGUCGUCUUUGGGCAAGAAGGGCCCAUGCGUUGCAGAGACGGAGAUUGGUGAGGGGAACACCUGCCAAUGGGUGGUGGGUUCCUUGGACCGGAACACGACCAUCGGCUUCUACUUCGACAUUGCCAACCAGCAGGCGAACUCGGUGCCACAGGGAAAGCAAGCCUUUUUGCAGUUUCAGACUUGCUACCUGCAUCCCAGUGGCCGGAAGCGCCUGCGGGUGACCACAGUGUCCAACCGCUUUUCGGAUGCACAGAUGACAGACAUCCAGCCAGGCUUUGACCAGGAGGCAGCAGCCGUUCUGAUGGCCCGCUAUGCCGUUUUCAAGUGUGAGAAUGAGGACCCGCUGGAUGUCCUUCGAUGGGUUGACAGGAUGUUGAUUCGCCUAGUCUCCAAAUUUGCGAACUUCCGCAAGG